CUGUUCUCAAUGAAUCCAUGGGGCAGUGGGAUCUUGGAGGGAACUCCUUCUGUAGGCGUUUCCUUUGGGGGAGAGUUUAUCGGGACCACUCGGUGAAUGAAAGGCACUUCCCAAGUUUCUCCGCGGGGACGGAAAGAGCAGCUUGUUUGACCCGCUGCUGCACACGUCUCCGGGGACAUCUGGUUUUUAGAAAGGCCAACAACUCUUUUUACGUGUCCUUGCUGAUAGUGUAUUUUAAAGAGAACCGUCCUGGAAAAACUCAGAGUUGUUUUUAGGAAAAAAGAAGAAGAAAAAAAUCUCGACUCGACUUCUGACAGACUGGUGAACCAAACUGCCUUUUGAUCCAGUAAACCGUGGAUCCGCUCCCACAAGUCUCAAAGUGACAGUCGUCAACGCGUCAGGAAACAAUGAGUUUCCCACGCUGCUUCCUGCUGCUGCCUUGCAUCCUGCUGUUGCUGGUUCAGGUCCCUCAGGCUCGGUCCAGACCAGCCACUGAGGACACAGACACAGAUGCAAUGAAAUCCUCUGAAGACGAAGAAGACGACGAGUCAUCCUCAGAGGAAAAUAAACUGUCCAAUGAGCUGUCAACAAGCAACGAAAAGCUCCAAACGCUGGCGCCACAGUGGGUGAUGCCGGAGAAGAUGGAGAAGCAGCUCCAUGCUGUUCCUGCCAGCAAGACGGUCAAGUUUCGCUGUCAAGCAACUGGAAACCCUGUUCCCAGUCUGCGCUGGUACAAGAAUGGAAAAGAGUUCAAGAAAGACCAACGAAUAGGAGGCUUCAAGAUCAGAGACCACAUGUGGACUCUGAUAAUGGAGUCAGUGGUUCCCUCUGAUAGGGGGAACUACACCUGUGUGGUGGAGAAUGAACAUGGGAGCCUUAAACACACUUACCUGCUGGAUGUAGUUGAACGUUCUCCUCACAGACCAAUCCUGCAGGCCGGUCUGCCGGCUAAUCAGACUGCAGUUGUCGGCAGUGACGUGGAGUUUGUGUGCAGAGUGUUCAGUGACCCGCAGCCUCACAUCCAGUGGCUGAAGCACAUUACCGUCAACGGCAGCACAGAAGGACCUGACGGACACCCCUAUGUCCUGGUUCUCAAGACUGCGGGUUUGAACACAACAGAUAAAGAAAUGGAAGUUUUGACUUUGAAGAACGUAACUCUGGAUGAUGCUGGAGAAUACACCUGCCUUGCGGGAAACUCCAUCGGCAUGUCGUAUCACUCUGCGUGGCUCACUGUGGUCGACGAGUUGCCACCUUCGCCAGUCCCCUCCCAGACAUACCUGGAGAUCUUCAUCUACUGCCUUGGGUUUUUCAUCGUCGUCGUCCUGACCGCCACAGCAGUCAUAUGUCGACUCUGCUGCGCCCCGAAAAAGAGUGACUUCACCAGUCAGCUGGCGGUGCAGAAAUUAGCCAAGAGCAUUCCUAUGAGGAGACAGGUAUCAGUUGACUCCUCGUUCUCCUUGCAGUCUGGGACGUGUUUAAUGCGUCAGUCCCGUCUCUCCAGUGCAGCCACCACUGUUCUGGCAGGAGUGUCAGAGUACGAACUUCCUUAUGAUCCUGCGUGGGAGCUUCCACGUGACCGGCUCACUCUAGGGAAGCCUCUGGGAGAAGGCUGCUUUGGUCAGGUGGUCCUUGCUGAAGCUCUUGGGAUUGACAAAAACAAACCCACACGCCUCACCAAGGUGGCUGUGAAGAUGCUCAAAACCGAUGCUUCAGAGAAGGACCUGUCUGAUCUGAUCUCUGAAAUGGAGAUGAUGAAAAUGAUCGGAAAACAUAAAAACAUCAUCAACCUCCUCGGCGCCUGUACCCAGGAUGGCCCCCUGUACGUGAUAGUGGAGUAUGCCUCUCAGGGGAAUCUGAGGGAGUAUCUGCGCACUCGGCGGCCUGCUGGGCUGGAGUAUUGGAGUGGCGUGCAGCACGCUGCGCUGGGCAAGGUGGAGAUCAGGGAGCUGGUGUCUGCUGCGUAUCAGGUGGCCCGAGGAAUGGCGUACCUUGCUUCAAAGAAGUGUAUUCAUAGAGAUCUAGCUGCCAGGAACGUCCUGGUCACUGAAGACAACCUGAUGAAGAUCGCUGACUUUGGCCUCGCCCGAGAUAUCCACCACAUCGACUACUACAAGAAGACCACCAAUGGUCGUUUGCCAGUGAAGUGGAUGGCACCUGAAGCUUUGUUUGAUCGCAUUUACACUCAUCAAAGUGACGUGUGGUCAUUUGGUGUCCUGCUUUGGGAGAUUUUUACUCUCGGGGGCUCUCCGUACCCCGGUGUUCCUGUGGAGGAACUCUUCAAGCUGCUAAAAGAGGGACAUCGUAUGGAAAAGCCCCCCGCAUGCACGCAGGAGAUGUAUCUGAUGAUGAGGGACUGCUGGCAUGCGGUGCCUUCCCGCAGGCCGACCUUUCAGCAGCUGGUAGAAGAUUUAGACCGAACACUUUCUCUAUUGGCCAAUCAGGAGUACCUGGACCUGGCCGUCCCUCUGGUCCAGUACUCACCGGUUCAGUACUCCCCUGUCAUUCACUCCACCACCACACAUUCCUGUACCUCAACAUAGUCUUGGUGGGAUCCUCCUCCCCUCCCUGAAUCACCCUCACCCCGUUUCCUGAGCAGCACUAUGCGGUACCCCUGCUCUCCCCGAUGGGGUCCACUGAGCAGACAUAGAGGGGUUUCAGAUGAGCUCCUUCACUGCAGACUGAUGGGAAGAAGAGCUGGACUGAGCUGGACUCCUUCAGAUGGGAAAUCCAUCGACUUACUAGACAAGGACAAAAAGACCUGAGUCUUGCCACUUCAAGAAGACCUGGUUUCAGUGUUGAUGUAAUUAGUGUGAAUAUUGUAAAUAUUAGUUUGGGUUACUCAGUCUGAAUUAUUACAGCUGCAUCAAAUGGAAGAGAAAGAUAUAAUAGAAAAAGAUCAUAAAUCAACAACAAAAUGUACAAAAACAGUUUUUGUAAAAUGGAUUUUUUUUUAUUUUUGCUGAUCUUUAUUAGCAUUCUGAAACUCACUACUACUCAUUAGCAGAUCUAUGUUAGAUUAACAUUAAUCUGACUUGUUUUUCUAUACUCGACUCUGAUGUGAUGUUGCCAGUGAUGCCAGUGUUACCAAUAAUUUAUAUUGCACUUAUCCUCCAGCUGAUUUGUAGCUGUUACACAAGCUUUUUAGCUGAAUGUAUAAAAUAAUCAAAUAACAGUAUUAAAAGCAUAUGAAUUUGUCA